CAAUCUUCACUUCAAGUUGAUCUCAAUGUACUUUUAGCUUUUAGCCUCGUCUGCAGAGAUGAACCUGCUUGUCUGCGUUGUAGCGCUGGGCAUCUGCGUGAUGCAGGCCAAUUCCAACCCAUCAAGUCUGGGUCGUCCCUAUCUUAUGGAGUGUUUUAAAGAAGCCAAAAAACUGGUGGAUGAUGCUUACAAGUAUUCGCGAGAAGAGAGUCUGAGAAGAGUUCGUCGAGACAUCGUCUCUCCAACGGACAUCCUGCGCCUCAUGAAGCAGCCGCGUGGAGACUCCCGCUCGGCCGUGCGCUCGGCCGACUACAUGGACCAGACGCUGCGCCUGCUGCACGAGCGCAUCCACCGCGUGCACAAACGCUCGCUCAAUGCCACAGAUCUGCUCCCCCGUGAAGACCUGGAGGUUCUCUCGAAGAUCUCUGGAUGUUCAGCUAGGGUCAGCAAACCAUCCUGUCGCACCAUUCAGAACCUGGACAAGUACAGGACCAUCACCAGUGUCUGUAACAACCUGAAUAACCCUCGCCUGGGGUCCUCCAACAUCCCCUUCAAGCGAUGGAUCCCCUCUAACUACGAAGACGGCAUCUCCUUGCCCAUCGACUGGGACAGUGAACACCGCUACCACACCUUCCUUCUCCCUCUGGUCAGAGAGGUGUCCAACCGCAUCCUGGCGACGACGAACGAGGGCGUGGUCAGUGACACAAAAUAUUCCGGAAUGUUGACCCAGUUCGGCCAGUGGAGCGACCACGACAUCUCCCACUCCCCCUUCACCCCCAGCAUCCGCUCCUUCAGCAACGGCAUCAACUGUGACGAAAGCUGCCAGCGCUCCGAGCCCUGCUUCCCCAUUACGAUCCCCCCCAGUGACCCUCGCUUUAAAACUGGACCGAACAGCUGCUUACCGUUCUUCCGAUCUGCACCCGUAUGUGGAACUGGAUAUUCGGACUACGAUUUUGGCGGCGUGGCGAACAAGCGGCAGCAGAUCAACACAGUGACGUCGUUCACUGACCUGAGCACGGUGUACGGCUCGGAGGAUCAGCUGGCAUUGGACCUCCGCGACCUCACGAGCGACGCGGGCCUCAUGCGCGUCAACGACAAAUACACAGACAACGGCCGAGCGUUGCUUCCCUUUAGCCCCCUGAAGGCUAACAUGUGCGCUACACGCAGGAGAAUCACAAGUAAAAGCACUGCAGAGGAGGUGCCCUGUUUCCUAGCAGGUGACGUGCGUGCCAAUGAGAACGUUGCCCUGACGUCCCUCCAAACCUUGUUCAUGCGAGAACACAACCGUCUGGCGCGCGAACUGAAGAGGAUAAACCUGCAGUGGGACAGUGAGACCCUCUACCAAGAGGCUCGUAAAAUCAUGGGCGCGUACAGUCAGGUGUUUGUAUACAGGGACUACCUGCCCCACAUCGUAGGUGACUUGGCCAUGAAUUCCGGACUGGGCAGCUAUCCAGGCUACAGCUCCAACGUGGACCCCAGCAUCGCCAGUGCGUUUGCCACCGCUGCCUACCGCUUCGGACAUCUUGCUAUCAAGCCUGUCCUAACACGCCUCAACGACAACUACCAGGAGAACGACCACAUCCCAACCGUGCCGCUCUUCAAGACCUUCUUUACCCCCUGGAGGCUCGUAUUCGAAGGCGGGAUCGACCCUGUGAUUCGAGGUCUGGUUGGCAGUCCUGCGAAACUAGGUGCUCAGGAACACUUGAUGGUGGACGCGGUACGGGACAGGCUCUUCGAAUUUGUCACAAACAUGGCUCAGGACCUGGCGUCGCUCAACAUGCAGAGGGGCCGGGACCACGGCAUCCCUGGCUACAACGAGUGGCGUAAGCACUGUGGGCUGUCCGAGCCAAGCAAUCAGGCAGAGCUGGCUCAGGUACUGAACAACACAGACCUGGCGACAAGGUUCCUGAAGCUGUACGGAACACCCAGCAACAUCGAUGUGUGGGUGGGAGGCGCUGCGGAACCCUUCGUCCAAGGAGGCCGUGUUGGCCCUCUGUUCUCCUGCCUCAUCACCAACCAGUUCAAGGAAAGCCGUCAGGGAGACAGGUUUUGGUACGAGAACCCGGGCGUGUUCACCCCCGCCCAGAAGACGGCGCUGCGCAGUGCCUCCCUGGCCAGCGUCAUCUGCGAAAAUACAGGCAUCACCAGUGUCCCCAAGGACUCCUUCAGCCUGAUCACCGCCAGAAACCCCCUGGUCCUUUGCUCAAACAUCCCACGCAUUAACCUCUUGCCCUGGAAGGAGCAGCCAGGCAAAAGGGCAUCAUCAGGGACAAACGAAAUACUUGCAGAGAUUAAAGCUGAGAUCAAGGAGCUGACCCUGGCAGAGCAGGCCCUACUGGGUAAUGAAGUGCCACAGAUGGAAGAGGACAAUGAGGUUCCCAAGGCAUGAGAGGUCAACAUGGCCCUCGGAAAAAAUAUUCUAAUCAAUGAAACCUAUUGCUUUUUUGUGUCCAUACUGGUCAAUUUCGGUCACAUGACAUCCGGUUAUCCCCCUAGUUGACUUAAUGAUGAAUUUGUGUCGUGCACCAUACCACAAACAGCUUCUUCCCUCUACGCCUUCUUUUCUGUGUGAAAAAAUGGAAGCCCAUUUCUUUUUUCUUUUUUAAAAUGUAAAAUACGGGUGGCUGAUUUAAAAAAUCUGCUAUCCUAUAGAACCCCUGUUUUUCCAUGAAAUAUAAUACACUGAAAUGUUUAACCACAACUCUGACAAUUGAAUUACAGUAUUUACUUUGAAAAUACUUUGUCGGGGCUGAUUGUAUUUUACAAUGGACGUUUUAGGCCUUCCUUGUUUUUAUUUUAUUUUUCAAAUAAAUGAAUUUGCGCAAAUACA